UGGAAGUGGGACAAAGUUGACAAGAAUGUCACAGUUGGAAAAAUUGAGAACAUCAAUGUAACAUUGGAAAGCUAUUUUUUAUGAGAGGCUUUUUGCCAGAUGAGGUGAUUGAUGCUUAUUUACAUCAGCUGACUGCAGGAUUAACUGGAACAAUUUUUAUCAACAGUACUAUAAUGACAGCCAUUGCAAACAGGCAGACGGAAACACAUGGCUGUUUACAGGAGGUCAACUUCCAGGAAUAUGACUGUGUUAUUGGUGCAGUGAAUGAGGGAGAAAACCACUGGACUCUUUUGAUUAUUUUACCUAAAGAAAAGAUGAUUUGUUAUUACAAUCCUAUGGGUGAAACAUUCCUGUCACUUCAAACAUUAAUGGAGAACUGGUACUUCUUCAUGAAAGAAAGGUCAGAUUUCAUGCUAGAUGGAAAUGGAACCUGGCGGGUAAAUGUGCUUGAUCAUUCCAAACAACUGGACAGCAUUUCUUGUGGAGUUUAUGUCCUAAAGAUGGCUGAAAUGUUUCUUUCUGGUGGAGAUAUUCAGUUUGUUAUGACAGCAGAAGAUCUUAAUCAGUAUCGUCUUCAAAUUGGGACAGUCAUAUUAGGACAAUGUGGUUUACUAAAAGUACACCAGUCUAUAGUUGCAAAGAGAUCGGUCAAGUCAACAUGUGGAAUCACCAACUUGAUGCCUCCUAAGCCAGCUAUUGGAAACAAUAAGAUGAUACUGUCUGAAACUUUUCAGCCACAACCCUGUACUGAAGAGACAGCAGUAUCUUGUAUUGAUGAUGGAACAACUCUUGAAGGCAACAGGAGUGAUAAUGGUGGAAAUGAGGAGGAAGAUGUAGAUGACAACGAUGACAACAACAAAGGUUUAAAGGGUGGAAAUGAGGAGGAAGAUGUAGAUGACAACGAUGACAACAACAAAGGUUUAAAGGGUGGAAAUGAGGAGGAAGAUGUAGAUGACAACGAUGACAACAACAAAGGUUUAAAGG